ACUGGUGGUCAAUCGCUGCUGCUUUCUGUGCAUCACCGUCCACCGGAUGGGUUCGGUGCGCGCCUCGUCGUGCGUCACCCUGGACAAGUGGCUCGGAGACGCGGUGGGUCUCUAAGUGGGAUUCAGAAGUGUCCCUGCAGCCUGCAGCUCGGCGGCCGACAUGCGGCUGCAGAGGCACCUGUAAUCCGGACGGCGGAUUAUUAUCUUCCCUCUGCUGUUGUUUCUCUCUCUGUGCAGUUUCCCCUCAGCCUGCCAGCUUUCAAUCGCUCUUGUAUAAAUUACAAAGAGCCAGGAAGUCACCCGCUGUGCCGCCAUGACCUCUAAGGACGACUCCAAAUGCCCAGCGGUGCUGGAGGAGCGGAGGCGCAGUCCGCUGGAUCAGCUCCCGCCGCCGGCCAACUCCAACAAGCCGCUGACGCCGUUCAGCAUCGAGGACAUCCUCAACAAGCCGUCCGUGAGAAGGAGCUACUCCCUGAGCGGCGGAGCGGCGCAGCUCCUCUCUCCCAGAGAGAAGCUUGCCUCGGCGGGUCACAGCCUGUCCGGCCGGCCGCUGCUCGGUCAGACCUCCCCGCUCUGCGCGCUGGAGGAGCUGGCCAGCAAAACCUUCAAGGGCCUGGAGGUCAGCGUGCUGCAGGCGGCCGAGGGCCGAGACGGUCUGACGCUCUUCGGUCAGAGGAACACUCCUAAGAAGCGGCGGAAAUCCCGCACGGCGUUCACCAACCACCAAAUCUACGAGCUGGAGAAGCGCUUUCUGUACCAGAAGUACCUGAGCCCGGCGGACCGGGACCAGAUCGCCCAGCAGCUCGGUCUGACCAACGCGCAGGUCAUCACCUGGUUUCAGAACCGGCGCGCCAAGCUCAAGCGGGACCUGGAGGAGAUGAAAGCGGACGUGGAGUCCGCCAAGGCCGCGGGCACGGUGGCCUAUGAGAAGCUCUCCAAGCUGGCCGAGCUGGAGAAGUGUGCGGCGGAGGGUAUGGGCGGGGGGCCGGUGUCCAAGCCAGACCGCCACACCGAGCCCGACCCGGUCUCAUCCACGACCCCGCACGACACCAACGCAGAGAGCCUCGACUCCAGCAGGCCGCACAUGUCGCCUUCUUCCCCCGCGUCCUCGCGGUACACAGACCGGCUGAGCAGCAAAUUCUGCUCGGAGGAUGAAGAUGAGGAGAUUGACGUGGAUGACUAACGUCAGGUGUGAAGUGCCAAACAACGCGAUGUUUGCGGACAAGAAACUGUGGCUUUAUACGAGGAUGUCAGCCUUCAAACUGUUCACAGACAGAGAGGUGUGACACGUCCACAGAGGAAACACACACAGACACACACGGGUCAGCUGCUCAUCUGGUUCAGAAGGCUUCAACAAAUCAUUUUUAUAAACUCGAGCCGAGUGUUUUUGAUAUUAUAUUUGUUCUGAUGAUAAUCACACAAGAAAUUGUGUCAUAGCUUGUAAUAAAUCACGAUUUAAUAUAUUUAUAAUGCUUUGUACACCCUUUAAGUGCCUUUACUAUAUACAGAACGCAGACAAGUGUACAAACUGUAGCCUA